ACAAAAAAAACUACUCCUGGAGAGAGAAAAUAAGCAGUGAACAGUGGAGUGCAUAUACAUAUACAUACACAUUCAUUACAUAAAUGUAUAUUUAAGUAUAUUCAGGGGGAGAAAGUAGUUAGCAAAUUUGAUGAGAGUUGAAGCUGAGCCAAAUUCGCAGUAUUUGAUCUUCCAUUUCAUGUAUUACCCGGAUAGGCUCUUCCGAACAAGUUACCAGGUGCCUGUGACUGGAGAAGCCUAAUUUUUGAAUGAAAAGAUGUUGCAGCGCCAAAUCAUGUUCAAACAGUGGCAAGAAAUGCAGCGAAGACAACAGCUCCAGGAGUUGAGCAACGCUAGAAACCAGAAUUAUGUAAAUCAACUAUCAUCACUGAAACAGGCAUCAGGUGGACAAUUUUCUCCGACGGUCAAUGGGACACCAAUGCAGGAUCCGCGAGGUAUAUUUAUGACUGGUAACAUGAUGCAACACGGUGGACCAAAUGAAUUAGUACUUGGACAAAGUCCUGCUGGCCUGAGUCAGCCUCAUUUAGACAUAUCUUUAUAUGGGAAUCAUACUCCAACCCCCGACAAGAAUUUGAAUCAAUAUUCUCACCUUCAGGGCCCGUCUAAUCUUUCAACCAAUCAGCUGACCAAGAAUAAUAGUAGCCCUCUGGGAAUGAUCACCAUGCAGCCUUCAGCUUUCAGUAACUCUUUCAUGAGUCAACAUUGUAAUUUUCCUGCUGAUCAAACUAACAUUACAGAUGUUUCUUUUCAUUCUUAUCAAGAGAAAAACUUGUUUGGGCAAGUCCACACCGAAGGUUUACAUAGUGCAGUUUUGCCUGGAAGCUACUCUGAGCAAGGAAUAGCAGCUCUGGAAUUUGAAGGGAGGCACGAAGAUGCAGACUUUGGCAUGUCUGUGGUGGAUGAUUCCCUAGACCCAUUGGAACAGAAGAUAUUGUAUAAUACAGAUGACGACAGCUGGGGAUCAUUUAGCAGAUGCAGCAAAGGGAGUACAGGAGGCUUUGCGGGUAUGAUGGAAAACAUGUCUGACAUAGAUGGAUUGCCUUCUAUACAAAGUGGCAGCUGGAGCGCUCUAAUGCAAUCUGCCCUUGAAGAAACAUCUGGAAAUGAUCCUGGGGUACAAGAAGAAUGGAGUGGAUUAAGUUUCCAGAAUCCAGAACCAUCAAAUGACAACCAGCACGCGAAGUCCAAUGAUAGCAAAAGGUUGCAAAAUAGUUGGGUUAACAGAAACUUGCCAAAUGCCGUCUCUCCAAUUUCAAAGCCACAGCAAUUGGCCCAGAAUUUCAAUUUGAACUCCAGCUUUGCUAAUUUUCAGCAACCAGGUUACCAGUAUCAUAACCAGAAAGAGGAAUAUCACUCUGAGUCUUCUCAUGCCGCUACUCAGAACUCUCCUAGAAGUACGAGCCUGCUGGCUGACUAUAACUCUCAACAGAAGUGCCCUAGUAGAAGGGCACCGGUGAUUCAGACUUCUUUGCCAUUGCCACACAUUUGGCCUGUUAAACAUAAGGAGAACCCAAAUAAUGACACACAUGAGCCUAGCCUGUUGUCAUGCACUAAUAACAACCAGCCGUUCAAUGAAUUAUCUGGUCAAGAAUUCAAAGGUGCUUUUUGGCUUCAAGGAAGUGCAUCACAUCAUGUGCCUGGUGGCAUUCAAAAGCCAUACGAUCAGGUGAACCAGAUAAAUUCUCAUGGGUACUCAGUUGAUCCAGAGAAUAUGACUGCUCCGAGUGAAAGUAUGAUUGAGCUACUUAACAAGGAGGAUACAUCCAACGAUCAAGCAUCAGUGAUGCAAUUGAACUUGAAAGACUCAAAUCCUACAGAAUUUGGUUCAAGUAACACUUCUGGUGCAAUUUUCGCCAGACCAUGCAGGCCUUCAGAUCCUCAAACUUCGACACACUCAGUUUUCCCAUCCUCAUCCAUGGUCGCCUCUAGUGCAACGUCUCUAUCAAGUCAUAUUGUGAACAAUCAUGUUGAAAACCAACAUCCAACUUCACCCUUUCCUAGUCACAUGACUCUCAGUAAUGCUGAAGCCCCUCUUUCUGCACAACCCUCUUUGAUGUCAGAUAGGCUGCAGCAUGUGGAAUUUCAGAUGGGGAAACAUACUCAAUGGCAGGGUAUGUCCUCUCAGCAAGACACAACUUCCCCGAAACCUCUCAUAUUUUCGUCUAGUUUGUUUGGGUCGCCUGAUUCAGCAUCUAGCAGUAUAAGGACUAGCUCAGAAGCUCCAAAUGAACAGCACUAUCAGAAUUAUCCUGAACAAGCAUACAAUGCAAAACAAUAUUUAGGGAAUUUAGCUGGGCUUGAUCAGCGAUUAGAGAAAGGAAGCUCUAUUAAUGAGGGGUCAACUGAUAUAAAUAGCUCCACAUCCCUCAGCAGUGAACUUCGAAAGCAAGAACUUAGAGAGCAUGGCUCGGAAGCAGGUGCUAUUGGGUCUGGUUCAUUGACAACUGAUGAUGGUAAGAGCUUCGUUCCUAAACAUGAUGGUGUAAACUAUCAGCAUCCAAGUGCCAAUCUAGAGGAGCUGCUUUUGAGUGGACAUGAUUCUAGAAACGAAGGUGUAGCAAAAACUGACUCGAAUGCAGUAUCAUGUCUUGGCGCGUAUUCAUCUGGGGAUAAUGAGGGAUGUAAACUCUCCCAAGGGGUCCAAGGCGAUCAGUCUGGCAAAGCUUUGUUGACAUCUUACCCUCAGAAUUUCCAGCAGAAUAUUCUUUCCCAAAAUGAUAGGCUGACAUGUUCAGGAGGUAGUAACAGAGCUUCUAAUGCGGUACAUGCAUCACAGAUCAGUUUGCCAAUGGUCCAAUCCUGGUUUAAGCAGUAUGAGACCUUGAAGAACGGACAGAGGUUGCCAAUUUAUGAUUCAAGAGCUGCAAUUCAUGCCACGCAACUAUCCUCGGAUAUGACUCCGGGAAACUUGCAGGAUAACAGUUUAAGUAUGCAAGUAAAUUUGGCUAAUGCCAGUCAAGGAAGUGGCUUACUUUCACCUGCCUCUGCAAACCCUGUCCUGUAUGAACAUUUAAACCCCCCUUCUAUGUUGCCUUCAAAUGCCAAUCACCAAAGUUUAGCUGUUACAUUGGAGAAGAAACGGAAACUUAUUGCAUUGACCAUGAUACCCUGGCACAAUGAAGUUUAUCAUGAUGAGUCGAAGCCCCAAGAUAUCAGCACCUCUGAGUUAUCAUGGGCACAAGCUGCAAACAGAAGAGAAGAAGAGGUGAUAUCUGAAGCUGAAAUUAUAGAGGAGUUGCACCCAGUGAUUCAAGCAAAAAGACGGCUGAUUUGCUGUACACAACUUAUGCAGCAAGUCUUUCGACCUGCACCAUCAGUUAUUAUUUGUAUGGAUUCCAGUUCAAAUUGUGAUUAUAUAGCAUAUUAUGCUGCUAGAUUAGCAUUAGGAGAUGCAUGUAGCUUGACCAGCCAAUUGCCUCUCAACUCCAUGGAUGUGUCAGAUUCACAUGACAAACCUAAAACUUCAAGGAGAGCAGAUGCUUGCAAGUUCUCGAAAGUCGUGGAAGGUAUUAUUUGUCGAGCAAAGAAGCUUCAAGAUAAUUUAAUGAGACUGGAAAAAAGUCUAUCGAGUGUAGACAUCAAAGUGGAAGCCCAGGAAUUGGAGAAAUUUUCUACCAUCAACCGCUUCGCGAAGUUCCACAUCAGGGCACAUCCGAGUUCAGCAGCCUCCUCCGGCACAUCAACAUUGCACAAAAUGCUCCCUCAAAGAUUCGUAGUAGGGCGUCCAAUGCCUGAGAUAUUACCAGAAGGCGUGGACUGUCUUUCCUUAUAAUCUGAAACGAAAUAGAAACAUUCGCUCCUGCCAUGUUUCCUCUUCUACACAAGGUGCUCCUUAUACGAAGAUCUGGUGGUUUUGUGACCAAUAAAAGUUGAACGGAGGAGACAAAAUUCCCUGGAGAUGAAUACAAGUUAGACCAGGUGACCUCUAAUCUAAGGUGGAUCCUUUCACAAUUUUUGAGGAAGUAUAUAAUAUAUAUAUAUAUAUUGAUCUUGUUAUGUCUGCAUAAAAAAUUUAGGUGGAUGAUGUAGGAGAGAGCAGGCUAUUGUACGGAUUUAGUAGUGAUUUGUAUGAAUGCACUUUUGUUAUACCGUUAAAUUUUAGUCCUAUCUAUAUUCCAAUUCGCACUUAAAA